AAUCAAAGGCCCAGUAUGUACGUAGUACGUGAACCUGGAGCGUCGUGAACGCCUCGUCAAUGUUUCUAAUCUCCAACUCCGUAGGUUAACGUGAAAUUCUCAGUAAACUACGUGUUUUGAAAAUCAUUAUCAACACAUCCAGUGUCUCCCUGUGUCAAAACUCAUCAAGCAAAACAAACAAUAACUCCAUCGCACCGGGACAUUACCGAAUCGUCAAAAAUGUUCUCCGGCAUAACGAAUCAAGUGUCCAAUUGGAUGGGAAAGAAGGGCGAAGAGGAGGGCGAAUCGACAGAGGAACAAAUCGCGUCAACAUCAGCGGAGACCGAGCCGGACGUCGAGAAAAAAGACAACAGCCCCACAAAGGGCAGUAAGUUGGACAUGCUCGUCGGUGUUACGUCCCAAAUGAGCGGUUGGCUUAGUGGUGGAAUAUCCGGUCUAAGUGGUCGUACUGGAACUGAAGAGGGUGGUGAAGUUGGACAAACACCGGCUGAAGCCAACGAGAGUCAAACAUCGCGGGAAAGCGUACAGGGCUCAUCGCCUGAUAACGUAAAAGACGAUGACGCAAGCAGGUGGGUUGCAGGUGCGACUGGCGGUGCUGACAGUGGUCCAGCUAGUCUCGAGGGCACACCAACCGAGGACAAAGACGGACAACAAGCGUUUGGGGCCGUUUCAACGAAAGCAUUGGCUGGUGCUAAGAGUUUCGGUGGCUUCCUAUACAGUGCUGUCAACAAAGCCGGAAAAACUGUCGUUGAAGCGAGUGUGAAGAUAAAGAAGAGCGUCGAGGAAAACAAACUGAUAGCUGAAUUGAAUAAGGAGCAGGAGGCCUUUAUCGCUGGAAAGACCAAUGAAAAAGGUGAGGCAGUUGCCCCAUGGGUUGGAGCCCCCAACGAGGAUGCGUUGCGUGAGGAAUGCCUGGCUCUUUCAACCGACCGUCGCAAUUUCGUGAGAGCACCACCACCUGGAGUUGAAUUCGAAUGGGAUUUCGAGGCUAUUCAGCCAAUGGCACAAGCUACACUUGCCUUAGAUCCUAAUCUCGAGACAAUGAGGUUCGAGCUAGUACCAAAAGUUAUAACUGAGGAGAACUUCUGGCGCAAUUACUUCUAUCGAGUAUCUCUCCUACGUCAGAGCCAUGAACUGAACACCCUGGCAAGCCAAGCGGAGAGUAAUCCCAAUCAAACUUUGACAUCCACCGGCAGUAUCGAUCAUACCCAAGUUCGAGUAGAAAGUACCAAGGAAACCAUUCAAGAUGAUAAAAAAUCAGCGAGUAGUGGUGUCCAUGAAUUUGUAGCUGACAGUGUGAGGGCUUCCGAUACCGAUACCAAGGAGGUCAGGGUGGGAGUGGAAAAGCUUGGUAUGAAGCCGACGAAAGAAGAAGAGUGGGAGGGGGAAUUGGAGGCUGAACUCAAGGAUUUCGAGAUCGUACCUGGGGAUGGAAAGAAUACCUCAACCAGUGAUAACAAGGAAGACUGGGAGCAACAGAUGGAUGUACUACUCAACGAGGAUGAAGAUCUCAAGUGAAUAUAUGCGGGAGAGGAAUCAUUGACUUUUGUUUUUUACCGUCGUGCUCAAUUUAUUGAAUCAGUGAUGAAUUUUUCAUUGUACGAUCGAUAUAUCCUCAACGCAUUAAUUCUCUCCAUUAUUUUUUUUCCAUAAUGAGAGAUGAUUAUAAAUCAGGUAAAAUGGGAUGUUAUUAUAGAAUUUUUUUAUAUCAUGUGAAAUAUCUCGGGAUUGAAUAAUCCAUUCUUCAAUGAACUGCCUCAUUGCAGUAUGUGGAAAAUUUAAUUCUAGAUGAAAAAAUUAUAAAGAUGCAUUUUCCAUUAGUUUGGGGAAAUUUGUCAUUGCACCUGGACUGGAAGAAAUGAAUUUUCAAAUUUGUGAGUCAUGCGUCAUCUUAAACUGUGAACAUUUAAGUAACUAUUGUUCUAAAAUCUGGAAUUUUUUUAACUCACUUGAUUCUCAUAUUUGAUUUUCAAAAAGAAUUGCAGAAUUAAUGACUCGACUCAAUUAUCAAAUUUUAAUCCAUCAGGUCGCAUUUGAAAAUCUGACGAAUCCGCUUCGUAGUGAUAAAAAAAUUAACAGAUUAUCACGUAAUUCUCGAGGUAUUAAAAAUCAAGUGUUGCAUUUAGUUAAAAAAACUUGAAAUUUAUCGAUCCACAAAUAGUUUAAUUGAUUAAUAUCUUAAAAGUGUCAAGCAUAAAGUAAUUCCACUCCAUUUUAUCCAGACCAUCUGCAAUAAAAAAAAUAAUAGCAGUGGCUUCAACUCGAGUUUGUUUCCCAAUGAGAAAUAAUUAGGGGCUUUUUGAAUUUUUCAUCCGUCAUUCGUUAUAUGGUUGAGGAUCGCACAAAGAUAAGAAAAAAACAGAGUUAUGAAAUAUUGUCGUCAGCGCUGCGCCAGUCUCUGUACAGAACAAAGUGAUUAAUUAUUAUAGUCAGAUGAAUCCAUAGGAUUAACGAAUAUAUAUCAUAGUUGAUGGUCGAAUUAAUUGGCUUACGACUGUGUCGUGGGGAUGUGAAUGCUGAAUUUACUGAUAAAAAUUAUGGGGGUUAUAUUUUGUUAAAGUGAUAGUUAUUCGACAUCCACGCGAAUGCCUGUGGUCCAUCCAUUCUCAAUUUUUUUCUAUUCAUUUCAUUAUUAAAAUUGUAGUGAUGCCAGUGCUUGCUAUAAUCCAAUAUAAAAUUACCGCUUUCGAGGAUAAUUAGAGGGGAAUAGAAUGUGGCCUAAUUGUAAUGAAAUAAUAAUGAUAAUAAUGGGAAUAAACAUGAUGAUUUCAGCGGUAAAUAUUCAUACGUUGGCCUCCAAGCGAUCUAUCUAACGGUUUUCAAUAUUUUGUUUUUCUUAAUUUUUCAAUUAUUGCUUGACAUUUGUUAUUAAUCCUUCUGACAUUCAGUGAAUUUGAUCGAAGGACGAGAGUUUAAUUAUUAAAUUAUAAUAAAUAUUACAAUUAUGAGACGAGACACAACGUAUUGAGUCAUAUCCGAGUCACGCUGUUACAUUUAAAUUAAAUAUGAGAGGAUAUGAAUUACAUUCGGUACUUAUGUAUGUAUUAUAAAUAAAUAUAUGUUGUUGAAUCCAUUGAAAGUAUGAUAAUAUAUUGAAUUAAUGAAUAUAAGGUAAAUGAUGCUACAGAUUAAAUUUAAUGGAUACAAAAAAAAUGAAUAUUGAGAAUAAAUCGAUUAUUUAAUUGCGAUGAUGUAUAACAAUAAUAAACUCGUGUACCUCGUGAAGAAAUAAAUGAAAAAAUCGAACUUA